AUGAUCGCCGACACCCUUACUGAGACAUCUCUCUACUCGGCAAGCGUAAUCUACAAAUUGCAGCAUAUUAAUUCUAAAGAUGCCUUCUCCAAUUUCAACUUCAAAUAUGAAUACCGUAAACUUCAUUACUCCCCCGACCCCGCCUGCCUCCUCUGCCAGCUGCGUGACUACGUGUACGCCUGCCACCACCAGUUGGAGUUCCUGAAGGCGCAGUGUAAUCGGUAUGAAUCUCAUGGUGGUUGGCAAGAUUGUAACUAUGGCAGUGAUCCUAAGACAUCAUCCCCCCUCCAGUCCUUCCUGACUGACGGCUGGGACUCCAUCUUCAAGACGCACCCCUUCGACCCGUGCAACCUGUGCCUCAAGAGCCGGGUCAGGAUGGGAUUCAGGACGGAGGAUUUGCCUAAAACAUCGCAACAGGGCAGUGUCAUUUCCACCAUCCUCACUCCCAGCUCCGGCGGUGAGGGCCAUGAUGCGCUGCUCGACACAAAAUAG